AUGACUCUAGGAAAUUAUAACCAUAUAAGAAGAAACUCCGUGGGUGCACCGUACUCCAUUCCUGCUAAGCAUCAGCAUCAUUAUGUAUCCCGUCAUCACAAUAUCAGUAAUCACCUGGUACCUGGGUAUAUAGACCCUCCACCAAUUAGGGAGGGCCAUGGGAGUCAUAAGUUCCCGAUAUUCCACCAAGAUAGAGAAAAUAAGGAGAUUUUGGACCGAGAAGACAGUAAAGAGAUUUUGGAUUCAGACAACUUAGACAGAGAGUUGGGAGAUCUGUGGAGAGAUUUGAAUGUACCAACUUUGAGUCGAGAGUUUGUAGUAAGAAGAAUCAGUGAAGGUGAGACUGGACGAUUGAAAGAAGAAUUGAAAUGUGAAGCUUGUGGUAAAGGGUACAAGCAUAUAUCUUCCUUAGCUAAGCAUUUAUGGGAACAUACCCCUGAAUGGAAUGUUACCAAGAAAUUAUUGAUCUCCAAGCAUCAACAGGUGCAGUUACUUGAAGCAGCCAGCAUUUUGGUGGGGAUGAAUGAUUUACCAGAUAUUUCUAGAAGAAAUAGUGUGUUCAAUGAUGAUGAAGGAUACUCCCCACCAACGAUAAAGAGGUCGAAUUCUAUCAUAGAGAAGGUAGAUAUUGAGGUAAGUGUUCAUGAGGCCCUGGCUAAGAUUGGUUCGACGGAAGAACCAAAAUCGGAGCCCAAAGCGGAGGCGGUGUUGCCAACAAUAGCAGCGGCCGACUCGGUGGACACGACAAAGAAGGAGGUGUAG